GAGAUGACUAUGAAAGAAUGAAGACGAUAAAACAUUGAAAAUAUUUAAACAUUUUAAAACAAAUUAUGCCGAAUUGCCGCUUGUGAAGACGCGUGGAAUAUUUAUCUGUAUUUGGUGUUAAUUUAUAUUUUUAGUCUAUUUUACCCAGAAUUCAACUAUUAAUUAACGUCUAACAAAUCACAUUUUUUGUGAUUACAACAAGCAUUUGUCUUUUUUAUUUAACGAUAGUCGAGAAAAUAUCGAUUGCUUAAGUUAUCUAUUUGAAUUAACAAUGGCUCUAAACUACAGUUCUAUCGAUGAUGUGGGUGCCUUUUCAUUCCGGAAUCUUGAAAGAAAUGCAAAACUUGAAAAAAUGGGACUAAAAAUUCCAAGUUUUCGAAAAACUGGUACUACAAUUGUGGGAGUGACUACUCGGGAUUGUGUCAUUUUGGCUGCAGACACACGUGCUACUUCGGAUACUAUAGUUAUGGAAAAGAAUUGUGAAAAAAUCCAUUACAUUGGCAAAUAUAUGCACUGCUGUGGUGCUGGUACAGCAGCAGACACUAUGCAAGUUACACGUAUGGUAUCUGCCAAUGUUUCCUUGCAAGCAUUUAAGUUUCCAGAAGAAAUGGUUCCCGUUGCGUUUGCUGCUAGGUCACUCCGUCAAUAUCUUUUCAAAUACAUGGGGUAUGUUUCAGCUGCAUUAAUUUUGGGUGGUGUUGAUAACAGUGGUACACAUUUAUAUUCUAUUUACCCUCAUGGUUCAAUCGAUAAAUUACCUUAUAUAUCUAUGGGAUCAGGAAGUAUGGCAGCUAUUUCAGAACUUGAAAGUCGCUGGAAUGAAAAUCUAACUGAAGAAGAAGGCAUGAAACUGGCAUGCGACGCUAUUUUAGGUGGUGUAUUUAACGAUCUUGGAUCUGGAAGUAACGUGGAUCUGUGUAUUAUCAAAAAAGAUGGAACUCGUAUGCUCAGAAACUACUUGACACCUAAUAAGAAGCCGGUUACUGCUAAAUAUGUCUAUCCAACUGGUUUGACUAAAGUGUUACGCAAAAGUGAAAUCAAAUUCGAAAUUGCAGAAGAAACUGUCAUGGAAGUUGAUUCUUGAUUUUUUUUUUACGAAGGUCCAAGUAUGAUUAAUUAUUUUUAUACAUUUUCUAAUUUUCAACAAAAAUAUUGUUUAAUAACCUACUGGUGUGAUGUAUUACAUUUAUUUAUGUAAAAUAUUGAUGUAACAAAAAAUAUAUUUAAAAUUAUGUUUUUUUGAAAGUGUUAAUUUUGACACAUUUUUAGACGUGUAUUUAAAUGAAGUCAAGUAAAUAAAGUAAGAAGCUGACUAAACACAA